AUGACGGUACCGCAGCUAGAAGAAAUAGAAAACCUCACAGCAUUGGCAGUAGUUAAUGAUUCGAAUUCGGCCGAGAAGCCAAAUUUGAAAGGAGAUUGGUUGAAUUUUUUCCUGUUGUUAUUACUAUAUACGAUGCAAGGCAUACCAUAUGGUUUAGCAUUGGCCAUGCCGAUAAUUUUGCAAAGUUACAAAGAUGUGUCUUACAAAGAUCAAGCUCUAUUCAGUUUUGUUCUAUGGCCGUAUAGCUUAAAACUGAUAUUGGCCCCUUUAGUAGACUCGCUGUACGUACAAAAGAUGGGAAGACGAAAAUCGUGGCUCAUUCCGGUUCAAUAUUCAAUUGGUGCGUAA